AUGCGUUCACAAGAAGAAUUUAAAGAAUUAACUUACAAAGGUUUUGUAACCCAAGAAUCUUUAAUUACGGAGUUAGAAAAAAAUUCCAUAGCCUUAAUGAUUGGAAGAUAUCUUACUUUGAUACAAACUGUGCCAAUUUCCAUCUCCAACGAUGAAAUCGAAAUCACUCCGGAUGACCUACCCUAUUCGUCUCCAUUAUUACUAUUUUCUGCUCCUGUUAUUUCCAAUUCCCACUUUUCCAAUAGCGAAUUUGAUAACCUAAAAAAAACAGUUCUUUCAGUUAUUGGAAGGUUAAAUAUUGGUGCAAAAAAAAUGCUACAUAUCAUAGCCACAGACAUCGAAUGGAACUAUGUCGGUAAUGAACAAAUCUCUGAUAAUUUGAAUAAAGAAAAAGCAAAAGCUCAAGGUGAUAUCAAUAACUAUCUCGAAGGUAUUAAAGAAAAGUAUGCCAAGUUAAAUUCUUUCCCCUCAAGAAAAAGACAAUGCACAAAUUUCCCACCUCCUUCUCCCUCAAAAACACAGAAGACUGAACCUCAAAACAAUAAUUCAAAUCCUCAAAACAAUAAAUCUCCAACUGAUAAUUUUUUACAUGCC